GUUUGUUGUUUCGGGUGACUUUUAUUUUGACAUGUUUAGACUUGUCGUUGUUCCCGGAUGUAGAGGCACUUCCAAACAUGGAGUCUAUUUUCCACGAAAAACAAGAGGGCUCUCUGUGUGCGCAGCACUGCUUGAAUAACCUCCUGCAGGGAGAGUACUUCAGUCCAGUGGAGCUGUCCUCCAUCGCGCAGCAGCUGGACGAGGAGGAGCGCGUGCGCAUGGCUGAAGGAGGCGUGCAGACCGAGGAGUACAGGACCUUCAUGCAGCAACCGUCGGGAAACAUGGAUGACAGUGGCUUCUUCUCCAUUCAGGUGAUCAGUAACGCUCUGGGGGUUUGGGGUUUGGAAAUCAUUCUCUUCAACAGUAGAGAGUACCAGCAGUUACAGAUCAAUCCCAUACACGAGAAGGCCUUUAUAUGUAACUAUAAGGAGCACUGGUUUACGGUGCGUAAGCUGGGACAGCAGUGGUUUAAUCUGAACUCGCUGCUGACCGGUCCGGAGCUCAUAUCAGACACAUACUUGGCUCUUUUCUUAGCGCAGCUACAGCAGGAAGGUUAUUGCAUAUUUGUGAUCCGGGGAAGCCUGCCGGAGUGUGAAGCCGAUCAGAUUUUGCGGAUCAUGCGAGUGGAGCAGCAGCAGCGGCCGGGGCUGAUUGGAGAGGACGAGGCCCAGAGGGUGUCAGAGCCUGGACACACCACAGAAGAAGUGCUGCUGGAUGAGGAUGAGGAGGAGAUGAGGAAGGCUCUGGCUCUCAGCAGACAGGGCAUGCAGGUGGAGGACGAGGAGGCUGACCUGCGCAGGGCCAUUCAGCUCAGCAUGCAGGGAGGCAGUGAUCCCAGAAGCCCCAGCGCCGCUGUGACCGCAGGACGCAGCGAGGAGACGCUCACAGCAGAGGAGCUGCGCAGGAGGAGACAGGUCUACUUCGACAGGCAGCCAACUCACGACUGCAGCUCCGCAGGCGGAGAGAAGGACAGCGGGACCAAGCCCAGCCAGUGAAAGACGCCCUCGACCCCAGCCAGGUGGACUGCUGGGGCUUCACCGUGCUCUUCUGCUCGUCUGUGGACUGUAGUGAAGCACUUCUGCUGGUCAGCGGUCCCUUCACUCUCACGUGCCCUAGAUAGACAGCACAGUGUGACGUGAGAUCAUCACACAGAUUCAGACCAUCUCUUUCUAAUCAUUCAGCAGUCAUCAGCAGCUCCUGUGGAUCCAGGUUGUGAUUUAGUUUCUGAACUCGUUUCACAUUCAGCAUUAGUUUUUAAGUGAUUGGUUAUUCUUGUACUCCUAUCUACACUUAUUGUUUCUUAAAUAAAAAUGUUUCUUUUUUCCCCUGA